GCGAGUGACCGUCCUGCUCUUUUCCACGGUGCUGUGCAUCACAGCGUGUGUUUACUCGAGGGCGUGAGAGUGUAUGUGUGUGUGUGUGUGCGCACAUGUGGAUCAGAGAGAAGCGUGCCGCCUGCCCCGCCGCAAAGGAAUACUCUUUUUCUUUCUUUUUUUUUUAUAGAUAAAAAGAGGUGACAAUUGACCGGAUGGGGUGGGGGGGACUCGACAUGUCGCUGAAGCCUAAGUGCUCCUCAACCUGACAACCGUGUUUGAGUUUUAGAUCAUUGAGCUGCUUGCAGAGGAAUCCGGACCGUCAUUUUAAUUUUUUUAUCAUAAUUUCUUUAAUUAUUGGAUGCGCUACGGCAGCAUGGACGCCUCAUCUCUAUCAGUUGUAGACAAUCAGACAUAUGUGAAUGGCCACUAUUUCCUUGGGGACAGUGUCGAUGGCUACGGCAUCUCCAUGGCCGUGCUCUACCUGGUGGUUUGCAUUCUGGGACUUGCUGGGAACUCCCUCGUCAUUACCGCCAUUUUGAAAUUAGACAAAAUGUCAUCCUCCACGACCGUGUACAUUUUCAACCUGGCUCUGGCCGACGGACUCUUCAUGGUCGGCCUUCCCUUCAUAGCGAGCCAGAACUUCCAGAACCGCUGGAUGUUUGGCGACGCGCUGUGCAAAGUGGUGAUGGUGCUGGACGGCCUCAACCAGUUCACCAGCGUCUUUUGCCUGACGGCGAUGAGCAUUGACCGCUACAUGGCGCUGGUCGACCCGCUGCGCUUCGCCCGCUGGAGAACGCCGCGCUGCGCCAAGAUCGCCUCGGCUUUCCUCUGGCUGUUCUCGCUGCUCACCAUCCUCCCGAUGGCGCUUCACUUCUCGGCCGACCAGGGCCUGUGCGUACCGGACCUGGUUUCGGACGUCUGGUGGCUCGGCGUCCUGUCCUACACCUUCGUUGCGGGGUUCGCCUUGCCCUUCAUCGUCAUGACGGCGUCCUACGCGGCGCUGCUGCUCAAACUGAGGGCCCAGCGUCUGCGAGCGCCGCCGCCCAACCAGGAGAGCCACCGGCUGGAGCGACAGGUGACGGAGAUGGUGGUGGCGGUGGUGGUGGUGUUCGGGGUGUGCUGGCUGCCGUUUUACACCUUCAACUUUUGCUCUCUGUAUCAAACCGGCGUGGUGCUGCCCUUCGCCAGAGCUUUUGAGUUUGUGGUGCUGCUGUCGUACUCAUGGAGCUGCGCCAACCCCAUCCUCUACGCCUGCUUCUCCGACACCUUCAGGAGGCACUUCCGCACACUGCUUUGCCCUGCCGCCAAGUCAUCUCCCAGCAUGCAGUGCAACACUGAAUGGUAUGACUUAACUGACACAGGUGUGCGGGAGGUGACCAUUCAGGCGUAGAGAGGCGGUGAAAAACUGGCUCACUAUUUAACUCUUUUCACUUUAAACUUACUCAUUUGAUUGCUUGCAGAUAUGUGGUACUUUUGAUGUGUUUGUAAUAUCUUCACGUAACUUGGAAUGCAUAAAUUCAUUGUCUUAUUGUCUUGCCCUUGGCGAUCAGAUUUGUUGGAUUCGAGUUUUUUUUCGUUGACCGCCGUCUCAAAUGCAGAUGUUUGAGUGUCUGUAGAGACACUUGUGUUGAUCAGGCGGCUGAGUGUAGACUAUGAAUCUUUAAGUUCAACAUUGCCGAGUUUCUACACACAGAUAAGCCAAAGUAAAUCUGCUCCAGUGCACAUCCUGUUGUACGACAUCUCAGCAGAACUGAUGACAUGAGGCACGAGGGAAAACAGAAUAACACGGGUCACAUGCCUCCGGUCAAACACGGGCACAAAGGCAGACACACACAUACACACUUCCUCAACUCCCACAGCUGAAUUAUGUCAAACGUGUGUGUGUGUGUGUGUGUGUGUGUGUGUGUGUGUCUGUGCCUUGGUGGCCGUGUGCACCUGCACACAUGCAUGUAGGGAACCUUGUGUCCCGCAGGCGCACUGUGGUGUUCUGCUUGAGUCGGAUUUGGCUGAGAGGAUAAGGACAGGUGAACACAUCCAGUGGCACAUUUACUUUGGGGAUUUUGGCACAUCAGUUUAUACUUUUUUUUUAAAUUUCUUUAAAAAAAGCAACUGUAAAAUGUCACCAGUUGAGGAAUUUAAGUAUUGGCGGUUGAUGAAAAGAAAUUGCCCAAAAACCUGAAGCUUUCAUAAAGUUACGCAGAGGCAUGUCAUCCAUUAAGUCAGGAUUUUCAUGUACAGCAAUAGUAGUCUCAUGCUUCUCUGGGAUGUGACUUUGGUUUUAAGACUCCAAUCUCCAGUCAAAAUGCAUUAUGGGUGAUUCGAUUGACAGGGAUCAAAAACUCAUUCAAUAAACAGACACUAAAGAUAUCCAAUCACAGCUUUUCAAGCUAAUCACAGAACAAAAUGAAUAAACAAACAUAUUUUUGGGUAUAAAGAAACAGAUUCAAAAGAUCUUUACAAAAAGUAAAUUAGUGUAAAAGAUUAUGGCUGUCAAUUAUCAGUGAUGUAAAUAGACAGUAUGUAAAUGAGAAAAUGAUGUGUGUAUGUGACAAUCUGUAUUUUCCAUAGAAAAUGGUAAAAGUGCCUGAUUUUAUACACUCAAUGAAAUCCAUGCACACCACUUAAACACAGAAACACAGACUUUGUUAGUCUAGUUUGGUCACUAUGUAUAUAUAUGACCACUUCUCUCAGAUGCUGAUCCCGUAUUAACUGUAAAUAAAUAAUUCCAUGUUUUA